AAUCCACGAUCUCGAGCACUUCUCAUGCAGAAGUUGGACCGCAGUGGCUCUGGAUCUAGCGUUGCUGGUUCCGCUGGCACUCCAGUUUUCAAUAGCACAGGCCUUACUUUACCAACAGUGCCUAUUUUAGGAGCUUUACCUGCAGUAUCUCCGAUUACUCCCCUUGUUCCUGCUCUUGCUGGACAUGGUGGUUCAGGUCUUCAAGUUCCCAUUGCUACUUUGCCAACUGUUGAUACAGUUGGUGUUCCAAGUGAAUGUUUAUUAUUGAAUGAUAUGUUUGAUCCAAAUGAUGAGACAGAACCAGAUUUUGAGUUGGACAUCAAAGAAGAUGUUCAAAAUGUAUGUUUGAAGUUUGGGAAAUUGAAACAUAUAUUUGUAGACAAUAUUUAUGAUUACAGGAACAGUGCUGGUUUUAUGUAUUUGCGAUUUGAAAAUACACAAGGUGCAGUUGCUGCACAACGUGCUCUCCAUGGUAGAUGGUUUGCUGGAAAGAUUAUUACCGCAACUUAUAUGGUACCCCAGGCAUACGAGGCUAAGUUCCCUGAUAGCAAAUAGGAUUUAUGGAUUGUGGAUGUGCAGUGAGAAGAUGGCAUUUGCAUGUCUUUGAUUUUUUCUUGGGGAUUGGGGGGAAGAGAGAGAGAGAGAGAGAGAGAAGCUUUUGUAUGAUACGGUCCUUAGGUCUGGCAUAUGAAUUGCCAAUAGAUAAAAGAUUGUAAAAAGAGGUCAGAUUUAUCAUCUAAGUUGUUAUUGCCUUGUAUGAUACGGUCCUUAUGGCUUUUGUAUGGGC